UCCAUAAUCUGUUGUUGUUAAUGUUGUUUACUACUGAUCAAAAAAUUGUAUAAAAAAUAGUUUAAACUAAAAAAAUGAUGCCUGGAAGGAUUGGUCACCUGCCUAUUUCAUCUGAGAACCCCUUAGGCCUUUCAUGGCACGAUUCUGCAUGGAUUCCGUCUUUAAAUCCUUCUAAUAUAAUGGAUUACUUUUCUGAAAGGUCGAAUCCCUUCUUUGAUAGGACGUGUAACAACGAAGUCGUUAAAAUGCAACGGCUUAGCAUGGAUCAAUUACAAAACAUGACAGGGCUGGAAUACGUGCUUUUACAUGUACAAGAACCAAUUCUUUAUGUUAUCAGAAAGCAACAUAGACAUAGUAUCAAUCAAACUAUUCCUCUGGCAGACUAUUAUAUUAUUGCAGGAAUAGUUUAUCAAGCUCCUGACUUAGCUAGUGUGCUGAACUCUAGACUGCUGUCUGCAGUCCACCACCUACAGAAUUCAUUUGAAGAAACAAUGUCAUACUCAAAGUAUCAUCCUAGUAAAGGAUAUUGGUGGGAUUUCAAGACUAAUAAAUCAGGUCCAUUUAAUUUGGGACAGUCUGCCCCAAAAGAAGUUCCUAGUGCACCAAAGGAGGAACCAUCUACACUGUUUCAAAGGCAAAGAGUUGAUAUGUUGCUGGCUGAGUUAGUAAGACAAUUUCCAUUGCCUGUUACACAAACAGCAGCAAACCAGAAUGGUGUUAAUGUGAAGUCUGAGAACACGAAUGAUAAGAACUCUGAGAAAGCAUCUGAUGGAAACAAUAUGAAUAAUAUCACAAUAAAACAAGAACCUGUGGAUCCCAUUAGCUCGGAGAUGACAAAUGGUAACAUGCAAGGGCACAUGGAAAUUAAAACUGAAAUUAAACAGGAAAAUAUGAAGCCACCACCUGAAAAAAAACCAAGAGCAUUGUAAAUAAUAGCUCCCAUUAAUACACUAUUAUUGAAUAAGUAUUUUAUAAAAGAUCUCAAGUAUAAAAAAAUAAUAUUAUCUGUAUUUAUUACAUACACCUAAAUUUAGUUUUCUUGAGCAAAU